GGAAACUAUACUUCGUAACCUAAUUGACCUAAUUUAUGAAAUAAUUCCCAAACUUAUAAAAAAUAAACACAUCCAAUUUAAUACUGUAUCGAUGUCUGGAGAUUAAUGCAUUUUAAACAUUUAAAUGAAAAUUUAAAUGAUUAUUAUGUUGAGUUGUUCAUAACAACAAAGCUUAAAAUACCACCGCAGAACAACCAGCGCUACACGUCAGAUGGUGGAGCGGAGCGGAACUACGGAGACAUUAGGUGUGCCACUUUUGCAUGCUGGCCAGGUUGGGGAGUGUCCAGACCUCCCCUUCUUAGACCGUGGUCUAGAUUUAAGAGUGAGGGGAGUUAGUCAUGGCGCCAAUGCUGCGGACAGCCUAAGUUUCACCCCCAUAGAUCGACAUGCCCUUCGGGCUGGUUCGUACAUGUUCGGGUUUGUUUUUUAUUUUUUUUAACUGUACGUUCAAAACAAACAUUGCAUUAUUGAUCAAAAAAUUGUUGACCAAUGUUAUUUUAUAUUUUUUUAAGAGUAAAACAAAUGUACACAAAUAUUUCCUUGUUACUAAUUAUGAGAUUUUCAGGUAUCGUGUGGAGAUUUCAUCUUAUGUUCAUGAGCGCACAACGUAUAAAAUCAUAAGAAAUGUUUUCUGUUGGUGUGUAGCAGUUAACCGCAUUUAAGUAAAAAUAUUUUAAAAUAAUUUUUACUAGAGCUGAAUUACAUUCAGGUGAGUGCACAUACAUCCACGACCCCAAAUUCACGACUAGAAACGAGCUAGUCUGGCGCCCACCCGGACAACACAGAUCAAGAACCGCCUUUUCCCACUAGGAGCCACACCGGGACUCGAGCCCGAGACCCCGGACGACGGCACAGACAACCAAUUUUUUAGAAGUCGCCACACUGCAGAAUUACAGCAUGUAUUUAAUCAUUUAAUUCAUACAUAUAAUUACUAGGUUAUUAGAUAUAUCAAAUUACAUUUUCACUUUAAAUCGCAAUAAACAAGCUACUCGGCUAUAGGAAAUGUGCAUAUUUGAACAAAAGCUAAUGCAUAUACUGAAGUCCAGCCAAAAGUGUGAUAAUUUUGCCGCACAGAAACAUGACAUUUAAGAUUUACAGAGCCAAUUAUUGUGAUAAUACUAAUUAUCUCAGAACACUGAAACUUUAGUUUAACUAUUUUUCAGUGUUUAUUUAUAUGUCUUUCAAGUGUAAUUAUCUUUAGGGUUUAUUUAUUUCUCUUUGUUUAAUGUUGUGCAAAGAUAUGUGACUAAGAGAAGGUGAUUUGGUCUAUGGAUCGGCGGAUCUUUUUAAAAAUGGAAAGGAGUGUGGAUUGUUAACGAUAGAAGUUGGAGAGAAUAAAAUGAAGAAGGAAGUUUUAGUGGCUGGUAUCAGCUAUAUUCUCAGCUGAUAGUUCACUGAAUAAGUGAACUGUUGUGCCCCUGAGCCAGGGCGAAUGCUAUGGUAAUAUUUAAUUACCGGGGCUACUUUUAUCCGCUGAAAUAUAAGGUACCAAAAGUCUAAUGUAUUCAGUACUGAAGUUUUGUGUCCGGUGAGCCCCUCCUAUUAACUGUUUCGGCAUAGUAUUUUAUUUCUCUGGUUUUCAUUAUGGCACAACAUAAUUAUUUUGAAUUACGCCUAGUGGUCCCGAUUUAAAGACUCUUGUGCACUCCGAAGUAACUGAGCUAGUUAAUUUUUUUUAUUCACUUUAAUUACUAUUAUUUAUCACAAAUGAACUUUUGAUUUUGGUUGUGCCCAACAUAACUUUAUAGAUAAAUUAUAUUUUAUUUGAUUUCUAAUGAGUCAUGGAUAAGCAACCUAGUUUCUCAGUGUCGAAAUAGGUAACCUUGGGCAUAAGCCGCAAUGGAAAAUUACUUAUAGCAUAGUAAACAUUUAUGAUUAAUAUAGUAAUGUUAAAGUGUGGCGCCCAUAUAAACUUAAUAUAGUAACUAUAAUUCCUAUCAUAUAAGUAAAUACAAUUAUAGAGUGACAACUCAAGGUGUUUCAUUUUGCUUCGAAACACAUAAGAGGUUACCCUAUAAUAUUAGUAUAAAUUACAGAGUGUCGACCGUACGUGGGGCCCGAUAUUUUGUCAAGUAAUUUUUGUUGAGUAUAAUCAUGAAUACCAGAGGGAGGUGCCAUAACCGAGGCAAUACCGGAUCUAGGGACAGCAGCAUGUCCGAGGACAGAGAGACAAUUCCUAUUCUGGUAACACAAGAGAUAGAGGGAUACGAAUCUAAUCAGCCCACGGAACACUUGGAAACUAUCUCAGUUUUAGGCCCUACUCCUAGUGGCAAUAUUGACUUAAAUAACUUGUUCCAGGGACUCAUGGACAGGUUAGAUGCCAACGCUGCUGAAAUAAAUGCCAGGUUAGAUGCCAACGCUGCUGAAAUGAAUGCCAAAUUAGACUCUAACACUACCAGGUUAGAUGCCAACGCUGCUGAAUUGAAUGCCAAAUUAGACUCUAACACUGCCAAAUUAGACUCUAAUACUGCCAGGUUAGAUGUCAACGCUGCUGAAACCAGUGCCAGGCUAGAUUCCUAUACUGCACAACUGACUGGCAUACAGCAAAGUAUCCUCAGCUUCGAGAGUAACCUCAAGUUAGAGCUGGAGGAAGUUAGGGAGUCAGUAUCAGUUGUAACCAACCGAAUAACAACACUAGAGUUUAACACUGAUCAGAAAUUAGCCCAGCUUCAGAAUCAAUGCCAAGACACCACACAGAAGAUACAGGAGGAGUUAGGCAGUGUGUCAGAACGCUUAGAACAAGUGGCCCAACAGGCUGCACAAAACCUCUGCAGUUUGGACAACACUAGUCAACAGGUGCACGAACAAAUGGCACAAAUUUCACACAAAACGGACGAACUAGGACACCAACUAGAACAGCGAGUAGGUAAUCUGGAAAAUCGCAUGCUUACCCUCAGGUUGGACAACCUGAUGGAUAGACCCAUCACUACCGCAGUUACGCCCAUAGCUAUCCCUAGUAACGUGCCAGAGACUGCUUCACCAGUUACUACACCACAUGCAGCACAUUCUAGCCUUUCUCCUGCACUUGACCAAGUGGCCAUUAUGCACCACCCGGCCAGACAGUGGUCAGAGGCCAUGCCUCGUUUCGCAGGCGGGGAAAAUGAAAACCCCAUGCGGUUUUUAAAAAAAUUUGAGGAGUAUUCAGCCAUGUUUAAGCUGAAUGACGAGGAGAAAUUAAAAUGCCUGAAUACUGCCCUCCGCGAACAUGCGUAUUACUGGUGGGAAGUAAUACAAACUUCGACCCACACAUACGCAGAUUUCCAAACUCAAUUCAAGCAGAAGUUCUGGAGUGUGCGAAUACAGGGCCACUUAAGAGCCAGGCUGCAUGGGGAAAAAUUUGACUAUAAAAAACAUAAGUCUCUGGAAGCCUAUCUCUCGAGCAUGUUCGAACGUACCAGAUAUUUAGACCUACCAAUGAAUGACGAGGAAUUUAUUUCCAUGUUUCUUGGACAACUACCCUACAAGUACCAGUUACAGCUAACUGGUAGGAAUUUUUCGAAUAUUACCGAGUUUAGAGAACAGUUACUGGCAUUCGCCAGGCUAGAGCAGCAGGGGCGGAUUAAUACCACUGAACCAGAAAAGGCACAAGCUCAGAAAUCACCUCCGCUUUACCAACAGUGGCAGCGCGGCGGGGAACAGCCCAAAAUACGAGUCAACACCGCCAAAUGGAAGUUUCACCACACCGGUAAAUGGAACAACCGGCAGAAUCGAAUACAUAACUCGAACUUCUGGAGCGGGAAAUGGAGUCGUCCCGGUGGUGACGAGUACGAGCCGAGCCACCAUGAACAACCCCGUAACAAGAGGUCGCAACACGAAGAACAACGGCUUCCCAGGUACGAGUACCCAGAGCGACCAAGAUCACCACGUCAAGGGUACCACGACCGAUUGCCAAGAUCACCGGAGCAGCAGCAACAGCUAGUGUUCCCUCCCAGUGGAGCUGAAACCGUCCAGUCAGCGAACACCCCGACGAGUUUCCCCACUCACAACUUCCCCUCGUCCACGUCAAAGUACCAACAAGGAUACUUUGCGCGGCAAUCACCAAUCCCUCCCAACAGCAGCCAGAUGCAGCAGCUGCUGCAACAGCAGCAGGCCAGCUCAUCAUCAAACGCCGCCUUGGCUAGCACAGCCAAUGUGACGGCGUUAAACUAGCAAGGAUUAGUGGUGAUACGCCCCAAUCAUUAGUCCAGGGACCAGACAUGGGGGUAAAUGAUUACCAACAGUUAAUCCUGUGGAGCGGCAGACCGGCGUAUACCCCUUAUGAAGCCAUAUGCUUGGUUCGGUCGGAGGCGAUACCCAACCAAUAUUUACCCAUCUGCGACGAGAAUCCGGAUCAGGAUAAACUUCCUAGCAGGGAAGAAAUUGAGGAUUUAAUUAGAGCAAAGCUACACCUAGAAGCCAGGAAUAGACAGAAGCGGAAAACCAGGCGCAAGCUACACCGUUUUAAGGUCGGUAACCUUGUGCUGUUAAGGACUGCGCCAACAAGCAACAAGUGGGCGAAUGUAACGAAGAAGUUAUUCCUACUCUACAGUGGACCCUACGAGAUUCUCCAGGUACAUCGGGAGAACUGUUACACCUUAAAGGAAGUGUCAACAGGUAUCAAUGUGGGAAACUACAACAUUAAUCAUUUAAGGGCCUACCACACACCAGUGGUGCAAAAUAUAUAAGAUCAGAGUAUACAAAAUAGUUAGCUGUAUGUAUACUGUACUGUUAUUGUGCCUAGAAUUAUUAAUAAGAUUUAUGUGUAACUGUGAAUUUAUACCGGAAGGUUAUGGUGUUAGUCAGCUGAGUUAUUUUUUUUUAAUUUUGUGAACUCAGUUGAUUUCGGCUAGGUGAAGCGUAGUCUUCCUAGCAUUUAUGUGGUUCAGUACGAGAGUAAAUGCUCUUGUCCUUAGGCAGAGACCUAGAGGAUGUACUGUGAACCUGGUGUACUGUAUGUACAUGUUUAUUGGCAGCACCUAAUAGUUCGGUUCACACACACGAAUUAAGUAAUUUUAAUGUACAUUGUCAGUACAGGCUGUAUAUUGGUGCUAAUGUAUACCUAGGCAAUGUUCUGUUGUAAACACAGACACCCUGACACACUGUGUGUAAACAAACAAGAAAGCACUGUAGAAAUAGAAAAUAAUGGCUUACCUUGUUAAGAUCCAGGCCACAGUUUUUUUUUUUACCUACCUAUUUCCUAGGCAUUCCUCAUUUCUAACACUUUUCAAUCAGUAGUAAAUCAUGCUGACUAGGAUUGUAAUCCCACAGGAUUAUCCUAUCUAAGUGGAUAUUUACUUCAUCCACAAAUUCCUAGAUAUCACACAUGAAGAAAGAAUUAGCUAUAUAGCUGUCUAGAGAGACCACCUUCAAUUCUCUUUAGAUUAAUUUUGAAAAGAAAGAAAAUAUAGCUGACAAGAAAGAAAAAUGCACAUUAAUCAUUGAAUUUCACUUGUUUACAUCAUACAGAUAGCACUCAGGUUGAAAUCACUGUAAUUCACUGUCUAUUUCUUGAUGUGAAAAGAUUCUUCAGUGAUGAGUGUAGAAUGUUAUUAUUUGUUAAUUGACAAAAUAUUAUUAAAUAUCUGUGAGGUAAUUAAUAACAAUGCUAAAAAGCUAGUGAUGUGAAAAUGUGAUUUAAUGUUGUUUUAUGGGAGACCAAAUGAAACAAUUAUGAUUACUAAGUAUAAUCAGAAAUAACUGUAAAAUAUUAGAAUAUGUGCAUAUAAAUGUUAUGUCAGUGCAAAUAUCUAUAAAAUGUUUGUAAUCACUGUAAAUAUUUAAUAUUUAAUAUGUGCCUAUCAAUGUUAUUGUGUUUGAAGUUUAAUUGUGUGUUCCUGCACUGAAGUUAAGUUAAUGUUUCUAAGAACAAGUUGCUUGUAAAUAUAAUAUAUAUCAUAAUGAAACAAAUGUUUAUUGUUAUAGGCAGAAUCCCAGGAAAUGUUAUUAUUUCUGCCAUAAAACUAAUGUACUAAAAUAAUAAUGUUUAUAAUGAAGUUUAACAAACAACUAUUUCAAUUGAUGGUAUGAUACCAAUUGUAAUAAAACAAAGUUUUUAUUUGGCUAGGUUAAAAAUAAUUCUUUUCAGCCAAAAUAACUAAAUGGCCUUCGUGUAAAUAGUUAUUUAUUGUUGUAGACAAGUAAAAAUUAUCACAUUUAUGUACACAGCAUUUUAUCAUGAACAUGGAAAAAAAUACCCAGUCUCAACAAUAGUCCACAUCUGAUUUAAUAUGAGUUGUGUCAAAUUAUGUGUGUUUAAUUUAAGAUUUUAAAUUUUUAAUAAGUAGGCCUAUUUUAAACCAAGGUUGCUUACCCAUUAUUUAAGGUUAGUUAGGGUAGCAAGUAAAGAAGAAUUUUUACGUUCCGGUGUCGGCAGCGAAUGGAGAAUAAACUGUACGAGGUAGUUCACUUGGACGCUUAAAGUUAAAAAGCGCGGGUGCAUUUAGAGGCUAAUAUAUAACAGUUUAAUGAGUGUUUAUAGUGUACACGAGUGCGCGGACGAACUACGGACCGAGAUGAAUUCUUCUUGAUUCUCGUCUACUGCAUGGGGUAG